AUGGGAAAACAUCAGAAGAAGGGGCCUAAACCAACGCCGCUGUUCGACAUCCGGCUGCGAUCCACCGACCGGGACGUGAUUGUGCUGAAGGGCUCAGAGGACGACGCGCCGUCUGUUCUGCUCUCGGGCGUGAUUGCGCUCUCCGUGGUGGAGCCAAUAACCAUCAAACGGAUGCAGCUCAAGCUCUGGGCCAGUCUCAAGUUCAACUGGGAGGAAAAGUACCAGUCGGCCAAGUCCACGUACACGCGGCCGUACAGGUACCAGAAAGUUCUUUUCGAGUUCGACUGGGACCCGCUGAAUCUGCAGGAGUUCCUGAGCAACAACAACCGGCCGCUCAGCUCCUCGUACACCGGCUACGCCUCCGACGGCAACAUGGUCAGUUCCGGGUCUGGUUUUGCCACGGGCACGCUCACGCGGUCCACGAACUCGUCGUCGAGUUCUCUGAAAAUGAUGGCGCACACGUCCAAGUCGUCGUCCACCCUGAACAAGAACAAGUCGCUCACAAACCUCAGUUCUCUGUCCUUCACGUCGAGCAACAAGAACGAGCCGGUGGUGUUGCAGCAGGGCAACUACGAGUUCCCGUUCCAGACGAUCCUGGACGGCUCGAUCCCGGAAUCCGUCGAGGGCCUGCCCGGCUGCUCCGUCGUGUACAGACUGCAGUCGACGAUCGAAAGACACCGGUUCAGCGCGCCGAUCGUCACGCGCAAACACAUCCACGUUGUGCGGACGCUCACCACGGACGCGCCCGAGCUCACAGAGACCGUGGCCGUGGAAAACACGUGGCCGCAGAAGGUCGACUACUCGAUCAGCGUUCCUGCGCGCGCCAUAGCGAUCGGGUCCACCUGUCCCAUUGACAUGACGAUGGUGCCGCUGGCGAAGGGUCUGCAGCUCGGGUCCAUCAAGAUCAGCCUCAACGAGAACUUCAGUUUCUCCACCACGUACUCCAGCCACGUUGACGAGCGCACGGUGCUGAAUAAAACGAUCCCGAAAGUUGUCACCGACCAGAACGGAAAAAACGUCUGGACAGAGGCCGAGAUGGACGAGAACGGCGUCUUUUUCAGGAACGACGAGAUGGCGCUGGCCCAGGACAAAUGGGAGGUCCGCACCUCCGUGAACAUCCCGUCGUCGCUCGCCCAGGUGACCCAGGACUGCACGAUCUCGCACUACGUGCGAGUGAUCCACAAGCUGCGGUUUGUUGUCUCGCUGAUCAACACGGACGGCCACGUGUCCGAGCUGCGGGCCACGCUGCCCAUCACGCUCUUCAUCAGCCCGUUUGUCCCGAUCAAGGCCAAGAACCUGCCCAAUCUCGACGACGACCUGGCCACUGCCAACGUCGAGGACGCGACGAUCCGCUACAAGGGCGACGAGCUCAUGUUCGGCAGCGACGGGCCCGGCCUGCUCAGCUCCACGGCGUCCACGCCGGGCUCCAGCAGCUUCCUGUCUGCGUCGGCGCCCGCGCCGACCUACAAUUUCAACGCCCAGGAGCUGAUGGCGCCGCCAAACUACGAAAACCACGUCUACGACAGACUCUGGAGCGGCGUGAACUCGCCGACCGACACGCCAGAGUUCUCGCCGCCGUCCACGCCCAGAGGCCAGACCGGCUCGGAGCCGUCGCCCGACGCCAACCAGCUCAGCGAGUUCAACAUGACGGCCACGGAGGGCGGCUUCAGCAACCAGCUGCUCGCCAGCCUCAACAGAGUGCACUCGUCGCAGCAGCCGGCAUCACGCGGAAGAGCCGUCUUCAACCUGUCCGACGAGGGCACAGACUACUUCUCGUACAACUCGCCAACCGAAAACACAGACACCACGAUUGCCGGGCCGGCGUUCUCGGGCGGCGCGGCCCAGCCGGUGCCCGAGACGCCUGGCCUUGCCAUCAACGACCAGCGCGUGACGCCAGGGGUUUUGUCGCCGGUGCAGCAUCUUUCCAGAGCAAACUCGUACGUCGAGCCUGCUCCGGGCGCAGACGGCGAACGUCCCGAGGAAAUCAAGUGGGACGGCGAGCUGCUGUCGCGGGUGCCCUCCUACGAAACGGCCAUCAAGUCCGACGUCACCGUGGGCGACCUCACGCCAGCGUACGAGCCUUCCGAAUACGGCUCCUACAUCAACCUGGACCAGCUGGACUCACGCCUGAACGACGUGCACAUCUCGCAGGGAAACCACUCGCACCAUCACCACUUCCCGAUCCAUCCAAAGCUGUCCAGAAGCACGACCUCGUCGUCGAUUCUGCUGAAUCUCGGCCGACACAAGGACCACAAGCUGCUGGCGUCGGAACUGGCAAAAAGCAGGGCCUCGUCCAAAACGCCGUCCCCGAGCCUUUCUAGAAACCACUCCACCGCAAACAUAUCCACUCCCAGAAGUGCUCAUCAACACAGCUCGUCUAUAGGCUCUGGCCAAACGUCUCCGCUCUUGUCUACGUCGCCUGCAAUAAGCCAGCCAAAAGGCGUCCAUCUCCAUCUCAGCACGCACGGAACGCCCGGGUCUUCCUCCACCGACCAGUCUUCGAGCCAGAACGAGUCCAGCCACGCGGCUGGGGGCGCCCUGAAACGCCCCGAACUGGUGAAAUCCAGGUCUGCGUCGAGCUUCCAUCUGAACAUGUCCAAGAAAAACGGCUCCUUGUCGAAUCUUAGCUUCUUGCACAAGAAGAAGCAAAAAUGA